AUGCUUCAACUUAACUGCAGGAAAUGUAAAGAGCUACCUAUUACCUUCAGUCGGUCUCGGAAUUCGCCAUCUCUAGUCAAUGUUGAGGGGUCCACCAUUAUCCCAGUGAGCAAGGUAAAGCUACUCGACGUAACGAUUAACAGCACCCUUACGUGGAAUGAUCAUAUCGAGGAAAUAGUAAAGAAAGCAUCUCGCAAGCAGUAUUUUCUUGUGCAGCUUAAGAGAGCGAAAGUCCCAGCAAGAGAAAUAGUCGCCUAUUACUGUGCAUGUAUCCGUUCUGCAAUCGAUUACGCAUGCCCUGUAUUCCACUACUCACUUCCAAAAUAUCUCCAAGAAGAUCUGGAGAGGAUCCAGAAAAGAGCACUAGCCUGCAUUUAGCCAGAAAGGCGUUACGAAGAUGCCCUAUCGCUCGCUGGCCUAGCAUCUAUACAUGAUCACCACGAAUCUAUAUCUAAAUCACUCUUUAGGUCAAUUGUAAGUGACUCUAAAAACAAACUGCAUGCUCUACUACCGCAGAGAAAUAACAAUGCCAAAUAUUAUUUUAGGAAACGUAGAACUUAUAAUAUUCCAACUGCAAAGACCAAACGCUAUGCUCAGUCAUUCAUAAUGCAUAGUAGUAAGCUUUAUGAUGACAUAUAGUGAAAUGGUGAUUUUAAUACUUGUAUAAAGUUAGUGGUUUAACUGUACAUAAUCGUAUAUUAAGAUAAAUUUUAGUAUUCUUAUGUAUUGUUGUAUCUGUGUUGAACGACUUUUAUAUGGUUGUGGAGUUGCACAAUUCAGUGGUGCCUGCAAUGUAACUAUCAUUUAAUAAACCUAUCUAUCUACGCAAUAUAACUGUACAUGUAAUACAUGUUUAAAUUUAUUUAUUUAUAGUUCAACUAGACGAAUCAACGAUAUUAGCUAACGAACAAGUCGAAUUAGCAAACAAACUUCGAGAAUGGUUGUUCGGAACAGGAAAAUGGAGAAUAUGUUGGCGGGCCACUGAACAUGGUUGGGCAGCCUCGACAUUUCACGAAAAAUGCAACGGGGAGAAACCGAAUUUAGUGAUUGUUAAAUUUGUGAAGGAUGGUAAGAAUUUGAUCUUCGGUGGCUAUAGUACCGAAACGUGGGAUGGAAGUAAGUUUGAUUUGUUAUUUAUAGUAUUUUAUUAUGACGUAAAUAUAUACAUAAGCUACUGUUAUUCGUUAUUCGAUUAAAAAUACGAUUGAAUAUCUUAAUCGCUUUCAACUCAAUAAAACUUGUAGAAUUGUCUGAUAGAAGCAUAUGUUUGUAGUCAUAAAUUUUAGUCGUGUAUAUAGGCAUAUUUAGAAGAAAAAUUAAUAUAAAAAAUUUUUGGUCUAUAAUUUGUAUAGGUAAUCAUGUGAUAGCGAGUUCAAGUAAGGAUUAAUAGUAUGAGUGAUGUUUGGAAAUUUUGCGAAAAUUGGACGAACCGCCGCGGCGAGUCCUAUUUGGCAAAUUUCCAAACUUCACGAGUACUAUUAAUCCCUAAUUGUACGAACAACAUCGCAUAAUUACUUGUUUUCUUAUUAGCAUGACAAAAUUGGAUACGUAUUUCUCAAUGUCAACAUCAUAUUCUCUCGCCAAAGCCCAGUUCUGCCAGACUUUCAAACAAAAUUUGGUGCUUUUGUUUAUGUUCAAGCAAAAUUUUGUGCUUUUCUUGGUAGUUUCAUCUAGUUCCUCCACGGCAAUUUCAUUUCGCAAUUGUGUUUAAAAUACCUUUCUGCCAUUUUGUUUGUUUUGGGAAAAUCAUUAAUUGUACCUCUGAGUCAGUAUAAUUAAUGAUGGAAAUAGAACGAAUUAUGUCGUGCUAUUAAUGCUAUAAUCAUACGAGUGAUUACAAAAUCAAACGACCGUGUAGCGGGAGGUUGAUUUGUUAAUCCGAGUAUGAUUAUGGCAUUAAUUGCACGACCUAAUUCGUUCUAUUACUUAUUAAUUAUUAAUUAUUUGUUUCUGUAAUCAAAUUGUUUAAAGGGGAAAAGCACAAAAAUACAAUUUGUUGAAAUUCAACAUAAUUAUUAAAUUUUUGUCACUACAAUGGACGACUUGCGCUUUAGACUAAAUUUUAAUCUAAGUAAGAACAGCGAAAUCUAUCACCAAAGAUAGAAAGAACGUCUUAGAAUUAGUAAUACUACAAGGUUUGGUUGCGAAAUGUUGUAAAAUACGGAAAAUAUAGCCCUUCAAAGUUGGCAAAUUUGUAUACUUUUGUAUUACGCGCGUGAAUUGGUAACUAAAUUAGUUACCAAUUUCCGCACGUAAUAGAAAUGUAUAAAAAUUUAAUUGCCAACUUCGCCGGGCUAUUUUUUCCGUAUUUUACAACAUUUCGCAACCAAACUUUGCAGUUUUUCUAAUUUUGAUAACUUCUUUCCGAAAAUACCCUUUGUUAUUCCAGGAUUAAAAAUUCUUCUAAGGCGCAAGUCGUCCAUUCUUAGUGAACUACAAUUUUCAAUUAAAUUUAUCAUAAUCAAAUUACAGUCGUAAUUAAUUUCGGGAUAUUGUUUGCGGUAUAAUCACAUGACAACAUUGUUUGAAUUUAAUUAUUCAACACACAAUUGAGAAGCCGUGUUUGCAAGUUUAUAACGUGUUCAAAAUAGUGAAGUUCUUUAGUACAGUUUAAUCUGAAUUUGAGUCAAAUAUAACCGCUGGUUGUGUCUAGUUCGGUGUCUUAUGCUGGAAGAACAGGUAGAUCUUUUUCUUCAGAAAAUAUAUGAUUUAAGAAUUAAAAGGUUAAAAUUUUCAAAAUUUGGAAGUCCUCCAUUUUGAAUUUUUUUUACGGAAAUAAAAAAAUAAAAUUAAAAGUUCGCAUGCGAAUGCUGAUUGGCUAGUUGUAUAUACUAGACUGAUUUUCAUUGGCUGUUGACAACAGUGAUUACAGCUCAGAAAAGGUACGACUAAUGCUCAAAUCGCACUCCUGCAUGUAAUUAGCCAAUGAAAUUGCAGUAUUUGCCACUGAUUACAGAAGAUAAAUAAUUAAUGAAAUAAUUGUGCUUCUCUAAACGAAUCAGCAUCCAGUAGUUUAAAUCAUUUAAACAAAGAGUUUCUGUGGAUAAUAAGCAAACGAAAAAAACUGUAGUGUUUAUCCAGUAAUAGUAAACCAUGUUCCUAUUUGCCGCUAAUAUUUAGAAUUGAACGCGCAAUUUGAUUCAAUAAAUUUUCGAAAUAAAUCCAGAAUCCGUCGCCAUUCUUCAUUCGCUUGUAAACGCUUUCCGAUAUUCCAUAAAAUAAUCGUAAGUUAUUUAUUAAAAUAUUACAGAAUAUUCUAUUAUUCAUUUCUGUCGAGUGGGGUAAUCGUAUCUAACCAGAUGCUGUUGCUUUUUUUGACAGAGGGUUAUGCUUCUGCUCCAGGAUCAUUUAUAUUUUCUCUUCGUGAUAAACAGGACCUUGCGCCUUUCAAGGCUCCACUAAAAUCUGAGAACGACUGGCAGGCAGUUUACCGUAGUAGCAGUUAUGGUCCAACAUUUGGUAAAGAUCAUGACCUCAAAAUUGCCGGCGAUGCGGCGUCAAAUACGAACUCCUUCACAAAUCUUGGUCAAACAUACCAACUUCCACCUGGAUACAAUCAAACUAAGACACGUAAUCAUUUCACUCCGUACGAAAUUGAAGUACUAUAUUUAGAUUAAAACACUGUCCAUCCUUACUUAAAGGUAAAUAAUUUUGCAAACAAGUAAUCAUAUGCCGUAAAUGAUCAAGUAAAUGUCUGCUCUUUUAUUUAACAAUUAUUCGCCGAAGGCGAGGUGAUUAUCGGUGAAUAAAAACCGAGACGAAGUCGAG